AUGAUGUCGUUACAACAUAAGAAGUAUGUUCUGUUUACGCACAAUAGACUGAGAAGUAAAGUUGCGUUGGGACAGCAGCCAAACAAGCACGGAAAGAUGGGCACUGGUCGUAAUAUCUACUUCUUAAGAUGGGAUUGCGAUUUGGAGCUAUUGGCUCAUCAGCGCAUUCAAACCUGCUCUAAUAAUAUGUUAUCCAAUGCAAGCAAAUUUUCCGGUCCACAGUUAGUCAAACAUUUUGACAUUCGGCUGCAUGGGAGCAAUGUCACUCAUCAUAUCGAAGACUCCUUGAGGUCAUGGUGGCUUCAGUAUAAGAAAUACGGAAAUGUCGAUCCAAAAAACCGAUACUCGGCAAGGCAACGCUACUAUGCUUGGGCAAGUGUGAGUCUCAAGGAAGAAUUAUUUUUGGCAUUGCGUCAUGUUUUGCUGAGAGUGAGGGAAGCCAUGCCUCACUGA